AUGAGAAGCUCUUUGUCGAAUAAGUUGUGGAUGAUUUUCGGCCCUAAACCGCCGGUGAACUGGUUGAUAUUGUGCGUGAUUAGUGUUCUGGCUUUGAUUAUAGUGUUGGGCUCGUCGUCGGCUUCCAAUGCUGUUGAUUCGUCCCCGCGGAGACCGGCUUCUCUUAUCUAUACGAACUAUAGGAGGAUAAAAGAGCGGGUGGCGGUUGAUUAUUUGGAGCUGAAAUCUGUUUCGAGCGGUGGUUUGAGGCAAAAGGAGUUAGGGCUUUGUGGAAAAGAAAGGGAGAAUUUCGUGCCAUGCCAUAAUGUUUCGGAUAAUUUGGUGUCGGGAUUUGAGCAGGGGGAGGAGCUGGAUCGGCACUGUCAUGUGUUGAAGGAAGAAGAUCAAUGUUUGGUUCGUCCUCCCAAGGAAUAUAAAAUUCCGUUGCGCUGGCCCAGUGGUAGGGAUAUUAUAUGGAGUGGGAAUGUGAAGAUAACCAAAGAUCAAUUUCUUUCAUCUGGAAGUAUGACCAAAAGGUUGAUGCUACUAGAAGAGAAUCAAAUUGCUUUUCACUCAGAGGAUGGUAUGAUCUUUGAUGGCGUGAAAGAUUACUCUCGCCAAAUUGCAGAGAUGAUUGGGCUAGGAAGUGAUACAGAGCUUCGUCAAGCUGGUGUUCGAACAACGCUGGACAUCAAUUGUGGAUUUGGUAGCUUUGGAGCUCAUUUGUUGUCACUUAACAUAAUGGCGGUUUGUGUUGCGGGAUAUGAGGCAACUGGCAGCCAAGUUCAAUUGUCUCUUGAGAGAGGCCUUCCUGCCAUGAUUGGCAACUUCAUUGCAAGACAGCUUCCGUAUCCAUCAUUAUCAUUUGACAUGAUUCACUGUGCUCAAUGUGGCAUCAUUUGGGAUGAAAAGGAUGGAAUGUUCCUCAUAGAAGUUGACCGUGUUCUUAAACCUGGAGGAUAUUUCGUUUUAACAUCACCUGCAAGCAAGCUACCAGGUUCAUCGCGGGAGAAAAAGAGAAUCACGUUGAACCCAUUGGAAGAGCUGACCCAACAACUAUGUUGGACGCUCCUAGCCCAGCAAGACGAGACUUUCAUCUGGCAGAAGACUGCUGACCUGAAUUGUUAUGAAUCACGCAAGCAGCAGGCUAUUCAACUAUGUAAAGAAGGGGAUGAUACUCAACCAUACUAUAAGCCUCUUGUAUCAUGUAUAAGUGGGACAUCUAGCAAGCGCUGGAUUGCAAUACAGAACAGAUCCUUUGAUUCUGAAUUGAGUUCAGCUGCGCUUGAAAUUCAUGGAAAGUAUUAUUUGUUAGAAGCUUUCUGCUUACAAUUUACAUCCUCUUCCUUCUCUGAUAUUUUUUCCCCAUUUUGUUCUGCUUUUCCUUUUCAUGAAUUUCCCUUAAUUAUUGCAGGAGUUCAGCCUGAAGACUUUUAUGAAGACAUGCAUUUCUGGAGAUCAGCUGUUAGUAAUUAUUGGUCCCUGCUUACACCACUAAUUUUCUCUGACCAUCCAAAGAGACCUGGAGAUGAAGAUCCACUGCCUCCAUAUAAUAUGAUUCGGAAUGUUAUGGACAUGAGUUCUAAUUAUGGGGGUUUGAAUGCUGCACUGCUGGAGGCGAAAAAGUCAGUGUGGGUCAUGAAUGUUGUUUCUGCCAGGGCUUCUAAUGCACUUCCUCUCAUUCUAGAUAGAGGUUUUACUGGUGUUAUGCAUGACUGGUGCGAACCUUUCCCAACCUACCCACGGACAUAUGAUAUGCUUCAUGCAGAUGGACUUCUGUCACAGUUCAUGUCAGAACGGUGCAGCAUGAUAGACUUAUUCUUGGAGAUGGAUAGGAUACUACGACCAGAGGGAUGGAUCAUUCUUUCUGACUCCGUGGGAACAAUUGAAAUGGUACGCACACUUGCAACUCAAGUACGCUGGGAAGCAAGGAUAAUCGAUCUUCAGAAUGGCAGUGACCAGCGGUUACUUGUAUGCCAGAAACCAUUUUUGAAAAAAUGA